CCUCAGGAAGAGAACGAGCGGACUCGCAAGCGGAGACUCGUCUGGAAACCCUUGUUGCUUCUUUCGGACUUCCGAGAAGAGGCGCCCAACUGGAAGGGACGCGAACGGGGCCAGGCUACUCUUUACGGCGCCUCCACCUGUGCCGCUGCAGGUGGGAGGCGAGGAGCUGCUCCUUCGGAGAGGCGUGAGAACCAGGGUCACGCAUCAGGGGAGCAGCAGGUGGACGGUUUUCCUGCUUUCUUGCCAAACAGACGGGCACCCGCUGCCGGUUGCGGGGAAGAUGAGAAGUCCCUCUUCGCCCCCACCCCUCCCUUUUCGUCGUGUCCGUCGCUUAGGCGAUAAUGGGGGGGAGGAUGACGCCACUGAACCUCUUCGCCUCGUGAAUGUCGAACAAAGGAACUUCUGCUGAAGGAGAAAAGGUGGACAGGGGAGCCGCUGCUCUUCCCCUGCCAGAGGCUCCUCACACGGGGGAGAAUGCGCGCGCUCCUUCCGGGAGAUAAAAGCCACGAGCGGACCGGUUUUCCGCCGCUCCAGUCGCCUUUUCGCCCGGCUCCCCUCACGGGUUCGGAGAAAUUCGGUGCUCGGGACCUUCCCGCUCCCGAGGCCAUUUGUGUUCCUUUGGGGAGAAUUUGCUUUGGGGUCGCUUUCUGAAUCACCCCGCCCCAUUUCUUUAUCACUGUGAGUUCGUCUUGGAUGGUUUCGAAGUGUCGCCCAUUUGGAUCCGGAGUAUUGCUGGAGGUGUCCUAUUUUCAUGUGCUGCCUAUCGGAAGAUUUAACAGAGAAAGGCAAAAGCCCGAACUAUGCCGGGGUACGUCUAACCGGACCGUGUGGUGCUCCGAUAAGGACAGUUUUGCGAAGCAAAUGUGUCCUGAGCCCUCCUUUCACUGGAAAACAAGAAGCUCUUCGCACCUUGCUUCGAGAAUCGCUUUGCUUCCCAAAACUAGGUUGGAGGCGUGCCACUUCCACGAGGUUCUUCUUCUACUCCUGGUCCCGCCAUGGCCUUCACAUUUGCUGCUUUCUGCUACAUGCUCUCCCUGGUAUUGUGCGCUGCUUUGAUUUUCUUCGCCAUCUGGCAUAUUAUUGCAUUUGAUGAGCUAAAGACAGACUUCAAGAGUCCUAUAGACCAGUGCAACCCAACACAUGCGAGAGAGCGGUUGAGAAACAUUGAACGGAUUUGCUUUCUUCUGAGAAAGUUAGUGUUGCCAGAAUAUUCCAUCCAUAGCCUUUUCUGCAUAAUGUUUCUGUGUGCUCAAGAAUGGUUAACUCUGGGCUUGAAUAUUCCCCUGCUUUUCUAUCAUUUUUGGAGGUAUUUUCAUUGUCCAGCAGACAGCACAGAACUAGCCUAUGAUCCACCUGCAGUGAUGAAAGCAGAUACCUUGAGUUAUUGUCAAAGGGAAGCCUGGUGUAAACUAGCUUUCUAUCUCCUCUCAUUCUUCUACUAUUUGUACUGCAUGAUCUACGCUUUAGUGACUUCCUAAUUCAAAGAUAAUGUAAAAGACUGAAAACAAAAGUGACCGUAUCCAGCCUACAAUGAUGCCUAAUACUAAAACACAGCAACAAAAUGGAAGGUUUAAAUCCAGCAGCCAUACAGGAUAUAAAAAAGCGAGAGAUAAAGCCCUAUAAGAAUAACAGGUGACAGCACAAGUGGAAAAAAUGAAGUGAUGGAUAGCUGAGCAAGCUCAUUUUCUUCUUUCCUUCCUUUGGUUUUUUAUUUCCCAGGAUAAAACAAACUAGAUAUUUAUAAUGUGUGAAGUAGACAGUUUCAUCUGCAUGUGAUGGAAUAUGACUUUUAUUAUAUUAAUUUAUCUUCAGAAUGCAGAUUCUGCCACAAACAAGAUUGUUUCUGUAUCCUUUUUCCCCUCCGAGGGACUUGAAAGCAAGGCAACCAUCCUCUGGACCUGUGGUCAAGUAGAUGCAGAUAAUAUAUGUGUGCAAUACUCUGCAUUCAAUCAUAUGCUGGAGAAAAGUUGGGAAACAUUUGGCUUUUUGUGAUUUUGGUGACUGAAGAAAACAUAUCUUGGGAGAACAAGGGGCCAAAACACAUUCAAAUUGCACUCAGUUGUUCUUCACGGUUAAUGAUAAUGUUCCAACUAUUCUGAAUUAGGGAAGAUAGUGCAGUAAAACAAUAUUAUGUAAUAUAUUAAUAAUACAGUUAUGUCAAGCACUCUAUAAUAAUGCAUUCCUCCUACUGGAGGAAAAAUGUCCUAGUAAUGUAAUGAAUGUUUCAACAAUUUUUACAACCUGCAAUACAUAUUAAAAGGGCCAAUUUACUUUUGUCUGGAGUUCUGUCAAAUCAAUUCAGUUGAAUUAAAAUUAACAGGAUUUCUUCCUUCCUUCUCCAUGUAUUUAGCAGAUCUGCAACAUGGGUAGAUGUUGCAGAACAAAAUGCUGAUUUUUUUCAUUUUGUGUACUAUCUUUCAAACUUUGGUGUGAGAUAUGCUCACAAAGACAGUAAAGAUUGGUGUUGACAUAUUUAAAGUUACAUUCUCAAACGUAUGUGUUGGGGAUAAAGCCAAUGAAAUUUUCUAUAUGAAGAACUGCCAUAACUUAUGAUUUUUGAAGAGAGAAGAGAUAAAUAGUACAGUAGCCUAAAAUCUCAGCAGGUGGGCCAUAUCUGCAUUAAUUGAUAAAAUAUAUUUUAUGUUGAAAAGAGUGGAACAGCUUAUUCCUUCAGCCCCUCUUUUUUCCCAUCAAUGUGCCAACUGCAAACUGAAAUCAUACAGUACAAAACACUGUCCUGGAAAGAAGGAGAGACUGAUAGUGCAGCCUGAUUUUUUAAAAAAUAAUUUUAAUAUUUUUUUGUUUUAUUUAUUUAAAAUAUCUAUAUAGCUGCCAAUUGUAUGCAACAUAACCAUGAGCAGCUCAAAAACAAUAGUAAUUACAAUAAAAACCAUAAAAACUAACAUACAACUUUGCUAAGGUACAAACAAAAUGUGGAAAGAAAUUAUGGAAAGAAAUAUAAGAGAUAGAAAGUGAAACACAUUUAUUCAGCUCACAAUUUUAUACCUGAGCUUGUAAUGUAUAUCUAAUAGUGUAUUUUAAGUUCUUUGCUACACCUAAGCCUAAUGGAUCUUGAUAAAACAACAAAUUCUAAAUUCUUAGUAAACAUGCAUGUUUUAUGUUCUCAUAAAACAUGCAUGUUUAAUAUGUUCUCUUAUGUUUUAUGAAAAGACAUAAAACAAGCUAACUCAGAAAUUAGCUCCAUUAUAUUCAUUGGUUCAUAUACCCAGAUAUAUGAGUACAGGAUUGUUAUCCCUGUGCACAUUUUCUUGAGAACAAAUACUCUUGACUUCAGCAUGAAUCUUAGUCUCAUCACCUACUAGACAUGGGGUCAUUUUAUCAACAGAUUUUCUGAUAAUGCCUUCCAAUAGUGAUUCUAUAUUCAGCCUACAAACUUAAUCUUAGGACUGUUCAUUUAUUGCAUUUAUUUGCCAACUUUUGGACCUCAUUAGUUAUACUUAUCCUGCAUUUUUUUCUGAUGAAAAAUUCAAGAGGGCUGAGUAGCUUGCAUUUUGUAUUAUCUUUCUUGUAUGCUAUAAAAGUAUUACUCAGCUAUGGAUUUGGGAUAUUUAUAUAAUAUGCUAUAAAUUAUUUUUUCUAGAACCAGAUAAUAUUACACAUCAUGUUUUCAGUGCAUAUGUUCAGUCAGGUAUUCAAGGUUAAUGGGUGUUUGGUAAAAUAAAUUAAAACAGUAAAUAUUUUUAGCAGACUAUAACAAUGACAAUAUUGUUAUAUUGUCAAAAGCUUGUCAGUAACACUGUUGAAAUUCAAACUUGGAAUCUGUAUAAUUUUAUGAUUUAAUAAAAUAAAUAUCUACAUUUUUUGUAAAGUUUGAGAUAUCCCUAGUAAUUUUGUUAAAUACAAUAGGAAUCAUUUGUAUUUUGUUUAAAAGUAAAAUACUCAAGUAAAAGGUGUCUUGCUGUAUUGUGUUAUGCAAACUUCAACCUAGAUGGUCUUGUGUGCCCAAUAGUCCAAUAUAUUAAUUAUAUUUGAAAAAUUUCUUCCCUUUAAUUUAUUUUGUUGGUCUCAUUUUAUUUGGGGACAUAGUCAUGAAUGAACACAAAUAAGCUGAGAUCCAAAUAUGACUGUCCCAUUGAGGCAUCUGCUCCUUACUUUUGUACUUAUAGAGGAGAGAGAAAGCUGUUUUGAAUCUACAUUUGUUUGCAUGUGAAUGCAUACAUCCUUGUAUGGUCAGAUCUAUCAUGUAUUUUUGUUGAACAAACUUUGAAGGAUCUUCUAUUGAUAAUUGGACACAAUCAAUGAACAAUGAAUGCAUAUAACCAUAUGAUAUUCUAUCAGUUAUGAUAUACCUCUUCGUCACAAGUUUGAAAGCAACCAUAGAACAUAGAAUAAUAGAAUUGGAAGGGACCUUGAAGGUCUUCUAGUCCAAUCCCCUACUUGAGCAGGAGACCCUAUAUCAUUUCAGACAAAUGGUUGACCACUUUUUUUAAAGCCUCCAGCACCCACAUCUACACUGAUCUACAGCCAUUUACAUCUACAAAUCUAUAACCAGAUCUACAUUGAUCUAUAUUAAAACUAUGCUGUUGCAUGAGUACUUAAAAAUCCUCAAGGUAAGACAAAAAUAUUGAGAAAUAGGAAGAGUGUGAUAUUCUUCAUACAUUCAAUCUGGGAAAAUAUUUUAACUAGCACUUAAGAUGUUCUAAAUUAUUCCCUUGUUAUUGUUUGAAAUGGAAGCAUUUCCAGUGUUGAAGAGAACUCAAUGUAUACUAUGAAGUUUUCCAUUUGAGAAAAUGUACUGUAUUUGUAUCAGCAUUAAAUUGGUGAAAUGUCAAUGGUUAAAAAACUGAAUGGGUAUUCUUUCUAUGAUGAUGAAAGUUUUUUAUAUUGCUGAAUCUCAUUUAUUAUCUAAGUUAAUAGUUUAAUUAAAUUUCUCAAAAACUCUUGUAGUAUAUUACAUAGAUGCUAUCAAUUCCAGAAGCUUUGCUCAAUGUCAGCUGAUCUAUAAAUUUGGUAUCUAUUGUGUUCAAAUACUUUUUCAUCUUUCUUGGAUCAGGUGUUUGUUUACUAUAUAAACUUGAGUGAUAUUUAACAAAUUGAUCCAUCACAUCUGUCAUUGUGGAGAUAUUCUUUGUUCUGUCCCAAAUUGAAGUAAUAGUUCUUUGGUUCUUUACACUAUAAACUUGCAAUUUAUCUGACUUGUUGACUUUUCCAGAAUAAAAGCAACAUCUUCUAGGUCUCAUUUACUUCCAUUAAACUGUGCUAAUUGGACUUUUAAAAAACUUUGUUCUAAGCCUCAAACUAAAUAUUCUUGGGCUUUAAUUCUAAUUGCUUUAAUUCAUUCACUAGCAUUGUUUCUGGUUUUGCAUUCCUUUCUUUUUGAUGCCAGCUAUAUAAACAAUUCUAUCUCAUAAAUGCUUGGUUGGUGUCCCAUACUGUAGUUAAACAAAGUUCAUUGGGUUGUAAAAUCUGCAUCUGCAUCUGCAUCUAUAAGACUGGUAAGUUUAUAAUAAGUUUUAUGGACUAAAGAGUAAUAUGUAUAUUCUUUCUCUGCAGGGAUAUUGUUAUGACCCUGCUUUGAAAAGAGAUAUAAGGACAUA